AUGGGCAAACUCGAGAAGUUGGGUCGAAGUAUUCUCAAGAAAUUCGGCGGUUCUCGUAGAAGUACUUCUCGUCGGAGACGUGAAGAAGACGUCGCUGCAAAUGCCACGUCGUCAUCGUCAACGUCAUCAGAUGAGGAGAGAGAUCAAGGAUAUAUUCACAAGUUUCAAGUGGUUCCUCCAGAAGACGUCAUCAUGAAUUCAGAAGACGUUGCUUCAGAAGAUGUCAGGAUGGCUUCCCCAGCAGCUAGUGACGAAGGGUCAGCUGGAUACGCAACAGAUGACACUGCAUUGAGCUCAUUGAGCCCGUUGGAUAUCAAAAGAGUCUCUGUAGACUACUCGGAAUCUCAAGGAUACUACAGUAAUGCUGAGUUGUCACCGAUACCAAGAAUUGAGAUUACGGUACCGCCACAAGAUGGUACGGUAGAAAGUCUUAGUCCACGAAGUCCGAUGAGAUCCCCUAUACAACAGGCUCCUCCACCAAUCCCCAGAAUUGUCGGGGUUACUGUACCAGAGGUUACUGUACCGGUAUCCAGAACGCCUCUCUACACCAAAAAACCUGCUCAAGAAUAUCCGAGAAUUGAUGUCAGAAACCGACUAAAGCCAAAGCCAAUCUAUAAGAGCUCCCAACUCCUUGCUGAAAACAAGGAAAACGUAUUACCUUCAGAGAAAAUUGAGAGAUCGGCGACGUUGUCGAAUUUGACGUCGUCUGAAGAAGAGGAUCCAAUUGAGAGAUUUAUGAAGUCACAUAUUUAUAAGACAAAGAUGAUUACAACAGUUUUUGAGGCGAAGGAUCGAGGAUUUGAGGAGAUCAGUGGCGACGUAAUCCAUGAAAUCGACCGUUGGUUCGAAUCGAAAAACAUGAUGGCCGUCGCUUGUGAACUCCAUUGGUCCGUUCCAACAUCCAAAAGAAGUCGUCAAUUGGAAUGUAAACUGAAAGAGAAGCUACUGCAAGCACUGAGAGAAAACAACAAGAGAUUACUGUAUCUGAGAGGGAUGGGACACGGAAAGACACCCGUCAAGUUGGCUGAGUCAAAGACAAUGGAGAAUAUAUCAAAAGAUAGGGAAACUGAUUCGGUUAGAGGAAUCUACCAACGCAGCUACACCCGCCUCCUCCCGUACCUUCACAAAGAGACACCCGAAUGGCAUUCCCAAUAUUGGACCCUUCAAGAUCUCGAGAAUUCAGAUGACGUCACGUCUCCAGAAUAUCCGAUUCAACCAAUGCCUCAAAAGUUCUUGUUUGACACCGAACCAUCCGACCUACUGCUAACUGCCACAAACUCUGAAGACGACGCAGUGACGUCAUCAACAAUUCUGAAGGUCCACGUGGAGAAUUUGGAUGAUAAUAAGCCAAGAUUUUUGGAGAGUGCCGUCCCUGUGUUCCAAAUCCUUUCAAACACCUCCAAACCAACUGCCAUUGGCCGUCUAACAGCCCAAGAUCCAGACUCCAACCCAAUCUUCUAUCACCUUCUCCCUAACUGUGGCUCCACUGAAAUCUCCAAAAAUUUCUCGAUUGACUCAGAAUUCGGAGAGAUAUCCUAUCUUCCGAAGACUACUGUGGCACCGGGAAAAUAUGAGCUCUGCUUUAUUGUCUCGCCAGAAAAGAAUCUAGACACUUCGGAAGUGUUCUUCGAUGGACAUAAACCAAAUUUCCUCAAGGUUCUCGUCGACUUUGUGGUAGAUCAAAAUGUGGAGGGAUCUGAAAAAUACGAUAAUAUUGGAGUCUCUGGAAAUCAAUCGAUAUCGCGAGUUGGUGAUGUAUUGGAUAGAGUUGACAUCCCAAUGCUCAUGAAUGCAGAUUCUGCGGAUUUUGAUCUGAAAAAUUUGCAGUUUGUACCAGCAAACUACGAGCUCGGUAGAGACAUGAUAUCUCCAGAAGGUGCAGUUGAAUUGAAUAAGAAAACAGGAGAGAUAGUGGCCAAUGGAAAGAUUCUGGAUACGCCACAAGGUGUUUAUACAGCCGAGAUUUCGAGAGGAGGACAAGGGAGAGCUAUGAAACAGCUCCACCACAUCCGAAACGAUAGAAAACUCCGUUACGUCCUGUCAAUGUCGCGGAACGAAUUCGGAGCAAACUUGGAAAAAUUCAAGAGACAAAUUCUGGAAGCAAUUGCAAAAGAUGAUCAGAAGGCAGGGAAACAGUUGGAUAUUCAUUUCGAUGAACCGAAGGCGGAGAGGAAAAACUCCACGUUGACAUCAGUGUGCUUCUACUUGACCCGUGAAAACGCAAUCCUCGAUGAUAAACAAUCGUCCGCCCUAAUCUCCCCAUCGAACGGCCACAUCUCAAAACUUCAUCACAUAUUCAAAGUACAGAAUGUCGACGUUUGCUCUCCAAGGGUUUCCGCGUCAUCUGAAUCCUCCACGUCAUCUGCCACGUCAUCAGACAUCCCACUGAACACUUUGAUAUUAAUUGGAGUCGUUGGCUUAUUGAUAAUUGCUCUUGUGGCUCUUCUUGUCUUCGUUUGUUGUGUCUCUCGGUAUCAGACAUAUUUGAAACAAAAGGCUGAGAGAAUGAGAUGCUCAUCUAGUACUGGAAGUUAUUACAAGUCACCGAAUUUGAUUCCACCGCCACCACCUGGUUAUAUGCACACACCUCCACUUCCUCCACCGCCACCACCACAAGCCAUCGCAUAUUACUAA